UUUUUUUUUUCUUGACAUGACCAAAGUCUUACUUGGAUCUACGGUGUGAAAAUGUGGACUAGCUACAGAAAUGAGCUUUUUCCCAAAAAGAAGAAAAAAGAGGAUAAAGUGUCUGUAUCAUUUCCAGCAAUAAGCAAAGGCCCAGUUUCACUUUGUCAGAAUCCAGCCACAACACUGAGCAAAGACACAACAGCUCCCAUCACAGUGGGUUCUAUGGGUUAUAAAACUGAAGCUUUACAUGAUCAACUGCAUCAAUCAGGGAAAUCCCCAAAUUUCCCUUUCAUAGACAACAGACUAACAGCUGUAAUCCACCAAGGCCAGUUUAUGAAGGUCAAAGCUGUGAGUCCUUUACUCGAUCUGCACGAACAUGAAAAACACCUGAAGACUCACCAGAGUUACUCAGAAGCAUGGAGGCCCUUGUGGAAAACAGUGAUGAGGAAAAAGAAGAAAUGGAGGGGAAACACAAAUAUACCGAUGAUAGGACGUGUUUAUCUAAUAUGUCCAACACAGAUGAUGUAGAGAAAACAAUGGGUGACAAAAGCCUGCCAAUGAUGAGCAACUUGAGUGACUUAAUGACCAAGGAGAUCCAAGAGGCAGAGGAACCACCGCUAUUUCUAGAAAAGAAGAGGUUCAUGGUCUAUAUAUGUGGAGGAUAUAAAGACUCAGUUGAAGAAAGGGCUGCACUCAUGGAGAAUGUGUACCCCCUGCUGUAUCUGUACUGUAAACAGAGAGGCUACGACUUCAGCAUGGUUGACCUCCGCUGCAGUGUUAGAAACCCUUUUUCUGAACACCACGACACUGUCCAGCUCCAUGUGGAGAGUCUCCAGCGAUGUCAGGGAACACUGGGUCCAAACUUUUUUUUGUUCGUUGGACAAAAACAUGAAGUCCAAAGCCUUCCCUCUAGUCUCUCCAAGAAGACUUUUGAAGCCAUCCUGACAGUUUUGGAGAAAGAGUGGGUCCAGAUGUCCAAGGGGAAACUAGUGGACGAGUUCUCUGAAUCAGGCUCUCAGUCCAGUAUCGCCACAGAGAGCAGCACCGGCAGUUUUGUCCAUGAAUCCAUUUACGGAAACUAUCUGAAUUUUGGAGAUGAGGUUACGAGUUCAGGGCUGUUGAGCCAGGGUUCAUUCAGCUCAGGGUCAGAUGGAGAGGAGGCCAGACUCAGCCCUGUGGGAGUGAGGAGUCUGGAGGAUGUGGAACAAGACCAAACAGUACUCCAAAUGUGGUACAAGCUCGAUGAAAACUGCAUUCCACCAAUCUACCGCUUGCUUCCCAUCAGCUUUCACCUUCCUGGCAUGUUGAGUGUGGACAGGCAGGACAGGAAGGAAGCCAGGAAAGACUGGAGAGAUACAUGUCAGAGACUGGGGGCGGUUUUACAACACAGUGCUAUGGAGGCUCUGGGACAGGAAGAGGCAUCUGUAUUACUCAGAACAGUUCUGGACUGGGAGGUAGAGACAGGUCUGCAGACUGUAGCUCAGGCUCCACCAGAGGAUCACUGUCACUGUUACAAGAGAGUCAUCCCAGACCUUUUCUACAACCUGAAGAACAAACACGCCACCCACUACGCUGACCUGCUCAAAGGACAAGCUAAGCUGGAUCCAGUCCUCAAAACAGCGCAGCAGCGUUUCAUGGACAGGAUCCAUAAAAAGCUGCGUCACACCAACAUCUAUGAGCGUAGUGUGUCCUGGGGACGGAACGGCCUGGAUCCCAAAAACAACCGAUCGCACCAGUUCUACACCGAACGCAUCUGUUCCCACGUUCAACGGACUAUCAUCAGCUCCUUGAACAGAGUCAUAAAGAUCCCCAAAAUCGAAGGCACCUUUGACGUGGUGAGGAGAGAAGUUGUCAGAGCUCAGAUACAUGAAGAGAUUCAGCGUCACAUUGACCAUGGACGUCACCUGUGGCGGAAGUGCACACUGAGACAGGCUUUCCUAGAUGAUGUCCAGAAAACAGUGGAGCACUCAUCAUGCAGACCUGUCCUCCUGCUGGGACCACCAGGCUGGGGGAAAAGCACCGUCAUGGCUGCAUUAGCUGAGCUGGCACCCACAUGGAUACCAGGAGAUGUAAAGGUGUUCAUCCACUUCGUUGGUUUCACUGGAGAGAGUAGAAAUAUUCGUCUAGUCCUGCAGAGUCUGUGUGUUCAGCUGGUUGAAGCCUACUGUCCACAAACACAGCUGUCAGAGGGUUUUCCUCAGCUGGUCAAUGAGUUCUACUCUCUGCUCGGUUAUGUGGGAGCAGAGAGGCCCCUGGUGGUCCUUCUGGAUGGGUUGGAUGAGCUGUCAGAGGAACACGGUUCAGACCUGUCCUGGAUCUCAACUGCUCUUCCUCCACAUGUCCACAUCAUUCUUUCUGCCACCACUGACUCUGCCUGCACUCAAACCCUGCAGACUGCUCAUCCCAUCAUCCUGUCCCUCCCUCCACUCAGCGUCACUGAAAUCACAGCGUUCUUAGAGGCCAAACUCCGAGCUGACCGACGCCGUCUGCAGGAGCAGCAGUGGCAGGUGCUGGUCCAGGCCUGUGAGUCCUGUCCAUCUCCACUUUAUCUGGAAGCAGCCUAUGGUGAGAGUUUGCACUGGACGUCGUACUCCCUCCAGAGCAGCCUGAGCCUCCCGGUCAGCCUGGAAGGUCUCUACCUGGGCCUGCUGACCCGGCUGGAGAGAGACCUGGGCAGGCAGCUGGUGAGACGGGCUUCCACUGUUAUAUCCAUCUCACUCUGGGGAGUCACUGAAGAGGAAAUGCUGCAUCUUCUGUCUAAAGAUGAAAAGGUUCUCCAGGAAGUGACCUCAGCACACCCAGCUCCCUCAUCCAGCCCUCGUAGGGUGCCUUAUGUGUUGUGGGUUCGGUUGAAACGUAAUCUGGGUCUUCACCUGUCUGAGGUCUACACAGAUGGAACGUGGGUGUAUCGCUGGACACACUCUGAACUGGGUCGUGUGUGCAUUAAGAAUUAUUUUAGAACAAAGGCAUCUGCUAUGGCUCUGCAUGCAGACUAUGCUGACUACUACAGAAGUAAGUCACAAAAUGCACACAUCUUUCAGCCACUGGCAUGGACACUGAAUGAGGAAGAAGAUGGUAGUGGUAUGGCUAAGAUUUACAGAUUCAAUCUGAGGAAGCUUCGUGGGUUACCCUACCACCUGGUCCACUCAGGACAGAUCAUACCCUUCCUGACUGAGUGUCUUUUCAACUACGAGUUCCUGCUUCAUAAAGUCUGGGGUUUGUCUGUUCUGGAUAUAGAGGAGGAUCUGAAGAAGGCUGUUCUGCCAGACAAAGAACUGGUGGAUGUGGAGGUGAUGUCCAAGACUCUGGGCUUAUCCCGCAUUGUCCUCCAGCAGGACCCGUGUCAGCUAGCCUCACAGCUGGUGGGUCGCCUGGGACAAAUGAUUAUGGAGGACCGUCCUCUCGCUAGAGGUGACCCUCUGAAGUUCAGAUACCUCCACGCUUUACUGGCUCAGUGUGUCCAUUCGUCCCUACCUGUGCUGCUGCCCUCGUCCACCUGUCUGCUGCCGCCCAGAGACCUCCAACACACCCUGCUGGCAGGUCAUUUGAACACCGUGACGGCUCUUGGAGGAGGCCAAAGUGGAGUCUUAGCUGUUACCUGUGAAGCCAACGGAAGUCUGAAGUUUUGGGACCUGGAGCAGAGGCGGAUCAUCAAGGACCUGGAUCCUGCAGGAGGAUUUGUGGGAGAUUCCCUCAAUCUUGGUCUGGAAGAUCAGAUGGUCAUAGUCCGGAUGGGGCACUGUCUGCAAGUUAGAGAUGUGGAAUCUGGGAAUGUUGUGUAUUCAGAGAGCGAUUCAAUUGACGUUCCUAUCCUCACCACAACAUGUGAUGGACGGCUUCUGGUGGUUUUCUAUGAUGGAACUCCUCUAGUUAAGGUGUUUGACCUGGCCUCAUCCUGCUCUCUGCUGCACUCUAUUAAAAUUUCCAUGGAGCAUGAGCCAAUCCACAAAGACAGCUCUCUUCUCCUGUCCAGCAACUCCAUCCAAGACUAUGUCCUCUUCGCCUACAGGUUUGUGAGUGUGCACUGUCAUUCAGUAUUGAGCAUGCUCAGAAGUUUGCUCUUAGUAGGUGAAGCUGAUAUUCGCCUACGGCUACAGGUUAUAGUGUUUCACGUUAAGCUUACGCCGUGACCAAACACUUUUGCAUUAUAUUUUUAUGUGUGUAAUUUGUUCUGAUCGUACCAAAAGGAAUCCACUAUAGCAUCAUGUUCAUGAUUUAUGAGCCACACGUGUCAACAAGUCUCCUUGAUCUCAUACAUACUUGUCAUCACAUAUCCCUGUGUUAACAAGCUGUGAAAUCAGGCCUCCUGGCUUAGCAUCCAGACUAAUUUCUCCUCCGGCUUAGGUGUAAAUUAUUAAGACAGUCUGCUUCUCAGUUGCCUCAGUGUUCUGAUAAAGCACAGAGAUGAUGAUGCUUCAAUACUUUGGCUCCAAUCAUCAUGGAAAUAAUGAAUAAUACCAGAGCUGAUGACCAGAGGAUGGCAGCAAGAUAAUACAUUCCCAUGUCAAGUUGUUUUAUUAGCAGUGACGCAGGAGCUUUUAGACUAAUUAGUGCAGAAGCCAUACCUUCACACCUGACAGGAUGGAGGAUC